CAUUAAACACGUCACUAUCAUUAAACACGUGUUUCGAAACUUGUGAAGAAAGACGGUGCGGACUGUACUUCUAACGUUGGCAGUCGUCCUUGCACGGCUCACACCUCGACUUUUGACACGUCGCGGGAACAAAGGCAUGGCUGCCAGGACCCACAAUGACACUGUAGUAGAACGAGUCUAAAAUCACGUAAUCGGGGUAAUGUUACUUUGACCUCUCGAUGGUAGCCCGACGUUCAACCAAUCGCUUCGUCGCUAACGCGCAGCCCCCUCUUCGUCACGGAUGAUGUAACAUAUGAAUAGCGUGACGUCAGCAGAGGUGCGGUAUAUAAGAAAUGCUAAAACCGUAUGGAAACAGUUAGUCAUCUUAUCUCAUAAGCGAUAAUAAGUAGUAAUUCGUUCAACAUGAUGAUGUGGCAGAAGCCGGCCCAUCACCAGAUGAAAAUGAUGAAAUUAACCAGAAAGCUCGAUCUCUCGAUUUUAUUUAAGUUUUCUCAACCCGCACACAUCUUCACUCUGUUAAUUGUCCUAUACUUGGCGUUUAUCUUAUUGCCACAUAAACCACGAGAUUCGUGGGAACCAUCCCCUUGGAGUAGUUUUAUAUACAUAAGUACGUUCGCCACGCAUUUUGGCACCCAAAUUUGGAUGACAUUUAUAUCUGGUCUGGUCCUCUUUUUUAAUCUUCCAAGAACUGUUUUUGGCCAAGUGCAAAAACAGCUAUUUCCAAAAUACUUCUUCUUAAAUUCGAUUUUGGGUUUCGUGACAUUCAUAAUCUACGUUUUCCAUCGACCUCUUAAAGGAAAUCAAGCGGAUCACAAAGUACAGAUGUGGGCCUUGGGUAUAUGUUUCUUAUCGGAACUUGUAGUGAGAUUGUACGUGGUGCCAAUCAUGUUAUCAGUAAUGGAGAAGAGAAACACCCUGGAAAAGGAAGCUGGAGUAGGGAUGGAGGUCGGAUAUCACGAUCCGGGCCCUCUAAGAAGAUGCCCGAGAUACAUGAAGCUUCACAGCACAUUUAGAAAAUUACACGGAACAUGUGCAGUAGCUAAUAUUAUUUCUAUGGGAUGUAACGCCAUCCAUAUGUACUAUUUAGCAGUCAGGCUAUGCACUGCACUAACUUAAAAACCUCCUCGAAAUAACCCUAAGAAACUAUUUACAAAAUUAAUCAGGGACCAAAUUAAAGUAAGACCUCACAGAAAAGAUAAAUAUUUAUUUAUUUUUCAACCCGCGCAUGUUUUUCUGUAUAUAGUGUAUAAUUUAUUUAUCAUGUAUAAACGUUUAUUAUUAUGUACUGUACGUUACUUAAAACCAUAGUUUUUUUGUAUAUUUGAUGAUUAAACACAUUUAAAAUAAAAUAUCUACUAUCAU